AUGAAAUUCCUAUCCUUAAUUUGUUUAAUAGGUUUAAUUUAUACAGUUCAAGCUGGUAUUUAUACAAAUACUCCAUACGUAGGUGUUACUUGGACAGGAGGUUCAUCUUAUCCAAUUAACUGGGUCGAUGAUAAUAAUAAACCUUCAUUAACGGAAUUGGAUAAUUUGACUAUUGAGUUAUGUGCUGGAACCGAAAAAAACCACCACUUUGUAGCAACUAUUGGCAAAGCUAAAGGCAUAGCAAAAACAAUUACUUAUUCCGUUCCUACUAAAAUUGGUCCAGAAGGAGAUUUCUAUUUCAUAAAAUACCAUCAAGGAGAUAACAUUUAUUUUUCCGCUAGAUUUACGAUUAAGGGUAUUUCUGGAACCAUUCCUGACUUUGAUCCCUCAAAUCCCGAUAAACCAGUCAUCUCCACCAAAAAAGAAUCAACAUCCUCAUCUAGUUCUACCAAAGAUUCUACUACCAAAACAACAGUUAAUACUGCUACUGCUACUGGUAAGAAUAAAAAUUCGGCUAUUAAUUCUGCUUCUAGAAGCAACGGUUCUCAAAUCAAUUGUUCUUAUUCAUUCUUAUUUAGUUUCUUGACUAUUGCUGCUUUGGCUUCUUUGGUUUAUUAA